CCGGCCCGGAAAGAAAACGCACAAUUCCUAUCACAUCAUGUUAAAAUAUUUCACAACUUUGCUUAUGAUUGCUUGCCUGGUCCCGGGGCAAAGCAAUUGUAAACCGUCGGCGUCGCGAUCAAGUGAUUUCUCUCAAAUAAUAACUUUACCCACGUUUUGGAUUCGAUUACCAAAUGUGGAUUAUCGUGCCAGAGUGAACGAAGGUGGUCCAGGUGGAGGUUCGAAAAUAGCCGGUGGAUCAAUUGCCAACAAGCAGCAGUUCCCAUAUCAGGCAGCGAUUCUAAUCAACUUUCCUGACGGUUCGGGAACUCUUUGCGGAGGGUCAAUUGUUUCGGCUACUUUCGUCCUCACGGCAGCCCACUGUUUGGGUGGAGCUCUAGAUGCCACGGUAGUUGUGGGGACAAACAUCAUCAGCAUUCCAAGCGAUGAGCAGGCGGUGGAAAUUGACGUUACCUUCCACGAUAUGCUAGCCCAUCCGAAUUACGACGCGGUCAAUGUGUUCAACGAUAUCGCUAUUUUGCGAUUAACGAAGGCGCUGACGUUUUCAGAUAAGAUCCAACCGAUCAGGCUUCCAUCCCGACAGGAAGCUAAGCUGGAUCUAGCGAGUGUUGAUGCGACCGUUUCUGGCUGGGGUGCCUUAAGUGGAGAUGAGUUUGCUGAUAUCUCCGAUAGUUUGAAACUGGAAUUGCGGUUCGUUAGUAAUCCGGUUAUUUCGAAUGGUGUCUGUGAAAAGGUGUUUGAGAAUCUGAUACGAGACUUCCACGUCUGUGUCUCUGGAGAUAAUGGACGAAAUGCUUGUCAGGGAGAUUCAGGAGGCCCGCUUACAGCAAAUUUAAAUAAUAUGGCAACACUGAUCGGUAUUGUGUCUUACGGAUCCACCAACGGCUGCGAAAGGGGUUCCCCUGCUGUUUACACUCGCAUUGGCUACUACCUAGAUUGGAUAUCGCAUAUCACCGACAUUGUAAUAGAAAUGGACGAGCAGCUAAUUUACCAUCCCAUAAAACCCAAUUGGACGGUGGCUCGAUCUGAUUCUGAUAACGGCUUGACCAUGGAUAAGAAACAACUAGUGUUAAUGUGUGCAGUAUUGUUGACAGUAGUCUGUGCUAACCCCGCUGUUUUAACUGAGAAUGCUCGAAUUUUCGAACUACCGAUAGCAAAGGAACUGCCUGACUUUGAUCUUCGAGAUGUUCCAAGUGGUCGAGUUUCUGGCGGAGAGAUCGCUGCACCCGGAGACGUUCCCUAUGCAGUGGGAAUCCUAUCACAGGGUCCCACCGGAACACGAUGGUGUGGCGGAUCACUGAUAUCUUCGAACUUUGUCCUUACGGUGGCGAACUGCUUUGUGAUCAUUUCAUCACCAAUAACAGCACUUCUGGGAGCCUCCAACAUGACGGAUGUUGCUGAUAUUAUUCCGGCGACCACUUUAAUAAUGCACAUCGGUUACGAUCCUCAGUCUAACCAGAACGACAUUGCUCUGCUGGAAUUAUUUCGCGAUGUCCAAUUUGGACCUACCAUCAGUCCCGUUCGAUUGCCAAACUGGCGUCAGAUGCAGUCCACCUUCAACGGACAGUUAGCCACCGUUUCCGGUUGGGGUGCCCUAUGGCAAAACGCACCGGAACUUCUGCCACUAAACGAUCUGCGACGGGUUGGUCUUCCGGUUAUUUCCAACACUGCCUGUUCGCUGCGAUUCCCGGGAGCCAUUACAGAUGCGCAGAUCUGCGUUGAAGCCAUAAAUGGUUCGCCGUGCUUGGGUGAUCAGGGUGGUCCCCUGACAGUAGCAGAUCCUGAUGGGAACAGCACUUUGGUUGGCACUUUUUCGUACGUUUCGAUAUUGGGUUGCAAUUCUGGGUGGCCGGCGGUGUUUACCAGGAUAACGAGUCAUCUGCUGUGGAUUCAGUCGAACACGAAUAUCACCAUUCUGGAUGAUUUCGAAUUUUGAUGGUAGUACGCACAGGUUGUUUGGCUGUGAAUAAAGAUUUGUCUUUCGUUCCAACGCG